AUGGCUACCUCAUUCAAAUUAGCAACGGACUUACCCGCUUGGAAGCAAUUGGAACAGCUUUACCAGACUCGGGGUAAAAACUUCAACCUCAAGCAGGCUUUCGCCGAGGACCCCAAGAGAUUUGAUGAAUAUUCACGCAUCUUUACCAACUUCGAUGGGUCCAAGAUCCUCUACGAUUUCUCCAAAAACUUGGUCGACAAGGACAUUUUUGCGAAGUUGAUUGAGUUGGCCAAAGAAGCAGGCGUGGAGAAAUUGAGAGACGAAAUGUUUGCGGGCGACCACAUCAACACCACGGAGGAUCGCGCAGUGUACCACGUGGCAUUGAGAAACAGGGCCAAGAGAAGAAUGCCUGUUGAUGGCAAGGACACUGCGCAGGAGGUCGACGAUGUCUUGCAGCACAUGAAGGAGUUUUCCACUGCGGUUAGAGACGGCUCAUGGAAAGGGUACACGGGAAAGGCAAUUACCGAUGUGGUGAAUAUUGGUAUUGGAGGCUCCGACUUGGGACCGGUUAUGGUGACCGAGGCCUUGAAAGCUUACUCCAAGCCGGGCUUGAAUGUCCAUUUCUGCUCCAACAUCGAUGGUACCCACAUUGCUGAGAUUUUGAAAAACGUCAAUGCCGAAACAACCUUGUUUUUGAUUGCUUCAAAGACUUUUACCACUGCUGAAACCAUCACCAAUGCCACGUCGGCCAAGAACUGGUUCUUGAAACACACCAAUGACAACACCGAGGCUAUAGCUAAGCAUUUCGCUGCCUUGUCAACCAACGAACCAGAGGUUACCAAGUUUGGAAUCGACCCAAGCAACAUGUUUGGCUUUGAAAGCUGGGUCGGCGGCCGUUACUCUGUUUGGUCCGCUAUUGGCUUAUCGGUGGCCAUCUACAUUGGGUUUGACAACUUUAACGAUUUCUUGAAAGGUGCUGAAGCAGUUGACCAGCACUUUUUGCAUGAGCCUUUGGAGAACAACAUCCCCGUGAUUGGAGGCUUGAUUUCCGUUUGGUACAACAACUUUUUUGGAGCUCAAACUCAUUUGAUUGCUCCCUUUGACCAAUACUUGCACAGAUUCCCUGCUUAUCUCCAGCAAUUGUCGAUGGAAUCCAACGGUAAAUCUGUCACUAGAGCCAAUGUGUUUACCAACUACCAAACUGGUGCAAUCUUGUUUGGUGAGCCAGCAACAAAUGCUCAACACUCAUUCUUCCAGUUGCUCCACCAAGGCACAAAAGUGAUCCCCGCCGAUUUCAUCUUGGCUGCUCAAUCGCAAAACCCAAUUGAAAACAACAAGCACCAAAAGAUGUUGGCCUCGAACUUUUUUGCUCAAUCUGAAGCUUUGAUGGUUGGUAAGGACGAACAGCAAGUUAAAGCCGAGGGUGCCUCUGACGAGUUGGCCCCUCACAAGAUCUUUAGUGGUAAUAGACCCACUACAUCGAUCUUGGCCCAAAAGAUUACUCCUGCAGCAUUGGGCGCGUUGAUUGCUUAUUAUGAACAUGUCACUUUCACCGAAGGUGCAGUUUGGAAUAUCAACUCAUUUGACCAGUGGGGAGUGGAAUUGGGUAAGAUCUUGGCCAAGGCUAUCGGCAAAGAGUUGGAAGAUAAGAAACCUGUUGCUAAUCACGAUCCAUCUACAAACAGUUUGAUCAACACUUUCAAGGAGUGGGAAGAAUAA